UCUAUUUUCCUCUCUCUCUCUCUCUCCUUGUUGCCUAUGGUUAGUUUUUUUUUUUUUUUGAACUUGAUUAUUUCAUUCAAUGAAAAUGCAGUGAAGACAUACAUUUGAAUCAAUUUGGGGCUCUGCUUGUUUCUCACUCUACAGUACACAAACAACACAUUGUUUACAAGUGAAAAAAGAUAUGGAUGGAAUGCAAAUAGCCCUUCCUGUACUUGGAAUUGUAGCAGCAGCAGCUGUUACCUUCUAUGCUGUCAGCUUUGCUGAGAUUGGAGAGAAAACUUUCAGAGAUUUAGAUGAAUCAGAAGAAUCUGAGAAUGGAGGAGGAUUCAAGUCAUCUCUUAGCUCAAGAGAAAGGCGUGCCAGAAGAAAGGCUGAUAAACAGUUCAAGCCUUGACCAUAUAUAUCUUUCAUUUCAUGCAAAAAAAAAUUAACCCUCCCCCCCGCCCCCCAAAAAAUA